AUGUCGGUGUCACUUGCUCCCACGACUCCAAGGAGACCGAGGAAGAGGACCGGCCCCACGGUGUCCAUCCUCAUCCUGAACGCCAUCUCCUCCUACGGGGGUCCACGGGGCGUGUCCCUGGUGGCCCUCAAGAAGGUGCUGAAGGCCAGCGGCUACGACGUGACCCGGAACCGAGCCAGGAUCCGCCUUGCCCUGCGUAGGCUGGUGGCCCAAAAGGUCAUCGUGCGCACCAGGGGAAAAGGGGCUUCAGGUUCCUUCAAGCUCAACCCCAAAGCACCCGGUGGUCCGAGGAGGAAGCCCGCGAGGGGAGGGAGGAGGAGCAAGAAGAGGAAGAGGAGGAGGGGGGGCAGGGCGAAGAGGAGGAAGGCCCAGGGGAGGAAGACCAGAAGGGGGCGCUCCAGGAGAAGACGCAGGAGGUCCACACCUGCGAGGAAAAGGUCAACAAGGAGGAGGAGGAAGGCCCCGAGAAGGAAGACCCCCAAAAGAGUCCGGAGGGUUCGACGCAAGAGGGCCAAGCCCGCCAAGGUCCGCAGGAGGAGGAGGAGGAGGAUGAGCGGAAGGCUGUACAAAUGA